AUGUCUCUCCAAACACCACUAUGCUCUCUUCUCAAGAUCCAACAUCCAGUCCUGCUUGCCGGCAUGGCCCGCGCAUCUGGAGCUCCACUGGCAGCAGCAGUGUCUAAUGCCGGUGGCCUGGGCACAGUCGGCGGACUAGGCUAUACACCAGCCCAACUAUCAGAGAUGCUCACAGAGCUCAAGUCACUCCUCCGGGACCCCUCGCUCCCCUUCGGCGUGGAUCUGGCCCUUCCGCAAGUCGGAGGCUCAGCACGCGCAACAAACCACGACUACACACAUGGCCUGCUGGAUGAGUUAAUUGAGGUGACCAUCUCGCAUGGCGCCAAGCUCUUCGUCUCUGCCGUCGGGAUCCCGCCAGCUAAGACCAUUGAGCGGCUCCACGAGGCCGGUAUCCUAAUUAUGAAUAUGGUUGGCGCGCCGAAGCACGCCCAUAAGGCGCUCAAGGCGGGCGUCGAUAUUGUCUGUGCGCAGGGCGGCGAGGGUGGCGGUCACACCGGCGAAGUGCCGUUCUCUGUUCUCGUACCCGCUAUUGUGGAUGUUGCGCAGCAGUACAAGAGUCCGCUGACGGGCCAACCGGCGCUUGUAGUUGCAGCUGGAGGUAUCUAUGAUGGCCGGAGUCUGGCCGCUUCGUUGAUGUUUGGUGCUAUGGGUGUUUGGGUCGGGACGCGAUUUGUGGCCUCAGAGGAGAGCGGUGCUAGUCGCUUGCACAAGGAGGCUGUAGUUCGGGCACAGUUUGGUGAGACCAAACGUACGCUUGUUAUCUCUGGUCGGCCUUUGCGCAUGCUACCCAAUGAUUAUAUUAAGGAGUGGGAAGCACGGCCUGCUGACAUUGCCGCGCUGACUUCCAAGGGCGUUGUGCCCAUGGUGGAUGAUUUGGAGAACGAGAAGGAAGUUGAUAUACCAUUCCUCAUGGGCGAUGUUUCAGCCAGUGUUAAGGACAUUAAACCAGCGGAAAUCAUUGUGAAGGAGAUGGUUCAGCAGGCUGUCAAAAUGCUCAAAAUCGGAGGCUUAUAUCUCACAUCGACAGGGCCGGCGAGUAGACUAUAG